AUGGGAAGUUUCAACACCAGUUUUGAAGAUGGCUUCAUUUUGGUGGGAUUCGCAGAUUGGCCGCAACUGGAGCCCAUCCUGUUUGUCUUUAUUUUUAUUUUCUACUCCCUAACUCUGUUUGGCAACACCAUCAUCAUCGCUGUCUCCUGGCUAGACCUUUGGCUGCACACACCUAUGUACUUCUUUCUCUCUCAUCUGUCCCUCCUGGACCUCUGCUUCACCACCAGCACCAUGCCCCAGCUCCUGAUCAACCUUUGCGGGGUGGACCGCACCAUCACCCGUGGAGGGUGUGUGGCUCAGCUCUUCACCUACCUAGCCCUGGGCUCCACAGAGUGUGUGCUCCUGGUGGUGAUGGCCUUUGACCGCUAUGCUGCUGUCUGUCGUCCACUCCACUACAUGGCCAUCAUGCCCCAUCUCUGCCAGACCCUGGCUAUCGCCUCCUGGGGUGCGGAUUUCGUGAACUCUCUGAUCCAGACAGGUCUCGCAACGGCCAUGCCUCUCUGUGGCCAUCGACUGAAUCACUUCUUCUGUGAGAUGCCUGUAUUUCUGAAGUUGGCUUGUGCGGACACAGAAGGAACAGAGGCCAAGAUGUUUGUGGCCCGAGUCAUAAUCGUGGCUGUUUCUGCAGCACUUAUUCUAGGCUCCUAUGUGCACAUUGCUCAUGCAGUGCUGAGGGUGAAGUCAACGGCUGGGCGCAGAAAGCCUUUUGGGACUUGUGGGUCCCACCUCCUAGUAGUUUUCCUUUUUUAUGGCUCAGCCAUCUACACAUAUCUCCAAUCCAUCCACAAUUAUUCUGAGCAUGAGGGAAAAUUUGUUGCCCUUUUUUAUACUAUAAUUACCCCCAUUCUCAAUCCUCUCAUUUAUACACUAAGAAACAAGGACGUGAAGGGGGCUCUGUGGAAAGUACUAUGGAGGGGCAGGGACUCAGGGUAG